AUGCUGCGCGCGGACCCCGGCCCCGAGCCCGACCCCGCCGCCCCGGCGCCCGCCCGCGCGGUGCUCGACUCCACCAACGCAGACGGCAUCAGCGCCCUACACCAGGCUUGCAUAGAUGAGAAUCUGGAGGUGGUGCGCUUCCUGGUGGAGCAGGGUGCCACUGUGAACCAGGCGGACAACGAGGGCUGGACACCCCUGCACGUGGCUGCCUCCUGUGGGUACCUAGACAUCGCCAGGUACCUCCUGAGCCAUGGGGCCAACAUCGCCGCCGUCAACAGCGACGGGGACCUGCCCUUGGACCUGGCUGAGUCAGACGCCAUGGAGGGGCUGCUGAAGGCGGAGAUCGCCCACCGAGGUGUGGACGUGGAGGCAGCCAAGCGGGCUGAGGAGGAACUGCUACUUCAUGACACAAGGUGCUGGCUGAACGGUGGUGCCAUGCCAGAGGCCCGGCACCCCCGCACCGGAGCUUCUGCCCUACAUGUGGCUGCUGCUAAGGGCUACAUCGAAGUGAUGAGGCUGCUUCUUCAGGCUGGCUAUGACACAGAGCUCCGGGACGGAGAUGGCUGGACACCCCUGCACGCCGCGGCCCACUGGGGCGUGGAGGAUGCCUGCCGCUUACUGGCUGAGCACGGUGGGGGCAUGGACUCACUAACCCACGCGGGGCAGCGUCCCUGUGACCUUGCUGACGAGGAGGUGCUGAGUCUGCUGGAGGAAUUGGCCCGGAAGCAGGAGGAUCUGCGGAACCAGAAGGAAGCCUCCCAGAGUAAGGGCCCCGAGCCACAGGGCUUCUCUGGCAGCAAACACCGCAGGAGCUCCGUGUGUCGUCUCAGCAGCCGAGAGAAGAUCUCUCUUCAGGACCUGUCCAAGGAGCGCCGGCCAGGGGGCGUGGGAGGGCCCCCUAUCCGGGAUGAGGAUGAGGGAGGAGAAGGCCCAACGGAGUCCCCCCCUGCAGAAAGCAGAACUCUCAACGGAGUCUCCUCCCCACUACCCUCUAUCCCUAAGAGCCCCACAGUGAGUCUGGGACCACCUGAAGACACCCCCUUCCCCAAGCACUUUGGCCUCCAGAAGAUGGGGAGCUCCAGUGCCCUGGGCCCCCCAGAAAGGUGGGGGGCCGAGGGAGCCCCUGGGGCUAGGCUGCAGCGCUCAGCCUCCUCCUCUCAGGUGGAAGGGACCUCUGCUCAGGCCAAGGAGCCACGUCUUGCCAGAAUCACCCCUACCCCCUCCCGGAAGAUGGUGGAGCCCCCUGCCCUGUCUGACAUAGCCAGGCCUCCUGCUCCCUUGGAUGACUCCACUCCUCCUCCCCCCAGGAUUCUGGAGCCUGAACCCCCAGUGAAGCCAAAUGCCCCUGUAGCCUCCACAGCACCCCCAGCAGACUCCCGGGACCGCAGGAGGUCCUACCAGAUGCCAGUGCGCGAUGAGGAGUCUGAAUCUCAGCGGAAAGCUCGGUCUCGCCUCAUGCGCCAGUCUCGGAGGUCUACACAGGGUGUGACUCUGAUGGACCUGAAGGAGGCAGAGAAGGCCGCAGGGAAGUCCCCGGAGCCAGAGAAGCCGUCUCUGCAGAUCUUGGACCCUCCCCGGAGGCCCCGAGUCCCUGGUGUCGAGAAUUCUGAGGGCCCUGCACAGAGAGAGGCGCCUGACGGGCAGGGGCAGGGACCACAGGCUGCCAGGGAGCACCACGAAGUCAGCAAGGAGCGCAGAGGGCCUGCGGAGGGGGAGGAAGCGGAGCUGGCGGAGCGAAGCUUGGAAUCCAGCACAUCCGACAGCGGCCCCACAUCCGGCAGGCAGCGCCCCCAGCAGGACCUCCGCCCAAACCCCAAGCCAGAGUCCAAGGAGCAGGAUGGAGGUUUUCGGAAGCUGUACGCAGAGCUGCGAGUGGAAAACGAGCGGCUGCGUGAGGCCCUGACGGAGACCACACUGCAGUUGGCGCAGCUCAAGGUGGAGCUGGAGCGCACCACGCAGAGGCAAGAGCGCUUCGCUGAGAGGCCUGCCCUUCUAGAGCUGGAGAGAUUCGAGCGCAGGGCCCUGGAGCGGAAGGCUGCAGAACUGGAGGAGGAGCUGAAGGCCCUCUCAGACCUCCGGGCUGACAACCAGCGGCUCAAGGACGAGAACGCAGCCCUGAUCCGCGUCAUCAGCAAACUCUCCAAGUGACUCUGGAGGAGGCCCCUCCCCCUACCCGUAUUUAUACAGCUGCUUCUGCCACAUGCACCUCUUCCCCCGUGUGAACACGAGUGACAGGGCUCUGAUGGACGUCUCUGAGAAGCCAUAACUCCCCCGGGGAUCUUCAAACUGGGUGGGGAGAGCAGAGUCCUCAGGAGCCAAGGGGGGCCACCUGAGGCCUGGAGGGAGGUAGGAGGCCAAGCCAGCUGGAGAGACUUCACUGAGAGGGGACUGGGGCUGGAGGCAGGACCAGGAAGGAACCAAGGACCAGGGAACACAAAGAACAGAAGCCAGGGACCAGAGUAGCUGCCCUGGGGUCCCCCACCUCACGUGUGAUGUCCCCUCAGCCACCCCCUCCUCUUCCUGAAUAGGGACCCAAGAAUGUGCCAAGAGCCCUGCUUGGCCGCAGCCAGGUGGGCCUGUAUAUAGGGGCCUGGAUUUUUGUUUUUCCCCUGAGGGCCACAUCCAUGUGCAAUAGGGAGGGUUGUCUUCUAUUUUUUGCUGCCCCCUCCUGGUCCACGGUCCAGGGCAGGGGGAGAAGGUAUUUUCAAGAGACAAAACACAGGCACCACAAAUAAAGACGUGAAGUUGCCGCUCAGUGACUUCUUCCCCAGCC